AUGUCAAGCCGCCGCCACCCAUACUAUGACCCCUAUCCUCAUCACGGGUAUCAAGACUAUCACUACCCACCCGCUCCAGUAGCUCACCCGUCCACUCAUCAUUCAUCGGCUUAUGCACCACAUCUCCCGCAGCACGUCUAUGAGCCACCUGCACCACCAUAUGCCAGCCCAAGAUCAGGCGGCACACCCUUGGUGCAAGAGGUUGCUGCUGAGGAUGUCAAGUUCAGCGUUGAGGGUGGCAAGAAGCGAAGGAAAGCAGUCGAGGUGAAUGGCGUGGGAGAGGAUCAAAGGGUGGAUCAGUCGAACAAUUAUAUCGACGAUCCACUGUAUAUACGCCAGCAAAUCAUGGAUAACGCGCAAGCACUAAUGCAGAUUCUCUGCCCAACAGCCUACGGUCCUGACUUCGCAGGCCGUUACAGCGUCGUGCUCUUACAACCUACUCCUACCUCGAAAGACAAUGCGAAGCAACACCGCACUCACAAGUCCACGUCAGCCAACCAGCAGCUGGAGAAGUGGAGAGCAGGCGUAGCAUGCGACGGGACCGUUGUAGUCGAGGGCCCGAAAGCAGAGACGUCGUUCAUGGCUCUGAACUCCUUACUUGAGUCCCUGGCGGCGAAGCUGGGUAAAGUCAUGCCUCGAGCUUGGGAUGUGGGAGAGGAGAGCGAUGGAGAGGAGGAGACAGAGAAGACUGGGGUUGUGGAGGAUGAAGAUGGAGCGAGGUUUGCUGUGGAGGGUGGUCGUGAUAAGGAGUGA